CCCAAGGUCGACGUCAAGAACAUUCCGUCGACCAAGAUGGACCCGGACUCGAAGAAGGCCAAGCUCCUGAAGCGCAUGCAGAUCAUUGCACGCCCGAGCAAGGGCGGGAAGCGCGCUGUCAAGAUGAGCAUUGAAGGCCGCGGGUUGUAA